AUGUCCCCCAAUCUCGAAAUCACAAUCCCAACAACCAGUCUCUCCCCAACAUCCCCCCCCUACACCGUCUACAACCUAACCCUCCGGCUCCCCCUGCGCUCCUUCACAAUCUCAAAACGCUACUCAGACUUCCUCAACUUCCACAAAACCCUCCUCACGCAAACCAACAUCCCUCCACCCGCCCCCUUACCCCAAAAAACCUGGUUCAAAAACACCGUCUCAAACGCCUCCCUCCGCGAAGACCGCCGCCAAGCAUUAGAAGCCUACCUGCAGGCCAUAAACGACGCCGACGAUCCCCGAUGGCGCAAUUCGCCCGCCUGGCGCGCGUUCCUGAAUCUCCCGUCUGCCGCGAACGCUUCGCAUACCUCGACGAGACUCCAUGCGGCGAUUACGGACCCCGGGAGUGGUGCGGAUAAUCCGAUCUCGGAUCCGACGCUGUGGUUGGAUGUGUAUCGGGAUAUGAAGUCGCACUUGCAUGAUGCGAGGUUGCAUUUGACGAGGCGGGAUCAGGAGACCACGCCGCAAAAGCAGCAUGAGAGUUCGGCGCGCGCGAAGAGUAGUCUUGUGCGGGCGGGGAGCUUGGUUGCGGCGUUGGAGGAGGGGUUGAAGGUUAUGGGGGAGGCGGCGAAUCGGGCGCAGAGUCCUAGUGGCAAGGGGAGGGGUGGUUCGUUGGGGGAUGGGGAGUUGCGGCGGAGGAAGGAUCUUCUGAUUAAUGCGCGGAAGGAGAAGGAUGGGUUGGAGGAUUUGUUGAAUGCUAUGGCGGCUAAGAGUCGGGUGGAUCAUGCCGUGGCUUCGGUGCAGGAUAAGGAGGCGUUGGUUGGGAGCGCCAGUAGGAAGCCUGCCAGGUCGGGGAGGGUUCUGGGGAAGGAGACGGAGAGGACGCGGGAACUGGAUAAUCAGGGACUGUUACAAUUGCAGAGGCAGACGAUGGAAGAUCAGGACCAGAGUGUGGAGGAGUUGUUGAAGAUCAUACGAAGGCAGAAGGAACUGGGCAUUGCUAUCAAUGAGGAGGUGGAGAUUCAGAAUGCCCUUCUGUCGAUAGCUAAUGAGGAUGCUGAACGGUGUUUCUGUGAUUUCUCGAUGAGAUCCUCUCGUGGGUGUGAGAAUUUUGUCAGUCUCUCUGAUGGAGGAGGUAUGGGCUGGUCAGGAUGUAUAGCCCGAGCACGGAUGGCGGCGUCAAUCCGGUGCAAAACUGGGGAAUACGAGUCGUCGAUAGGGAAAGUCUCCACUGGAUCCCUGGUUAUGUCAAUGAGAAGAUAUUCGGAAUCUUUUAGGCAUAAACCUACCCAUCCUCAUCUGCGUCGACAAGCUCCAUACUAUUCACGUACUUGCCCAUCACAUCGACUUCAGGCUCUGAGCGCAGGACGAAAGAACUUGCGGUCGGGGGUUUGGCCGGGUAAGUCCGAUAGUACCUUUCAACAGGAAUGCGGAGAGCAGAGUCAUACUCCUCUGGGUUGCCUAUUGUUAGAAAAGAACAAAGCUGCGCGAGAGAUAUCGCUACCUUGUGAGGGUCUUUGUCUUCUUCUUUGUAACCGUACUCAGGGUCAUCGAAAUCAAUUCCCCUGCUUGAAGUUAGCUUUUGUUUCGUUGCUAUCUGGUAGCAAAUCACUGACAUAA